AUGGUAUCCGGCGGAGAUCCACUGGGACCAGCUACCAAGACCAGGGGUAGACAGACGGAUUACCGGAAGCUCGCCGGUAUCCCUCUUGAUCACACCAGAAGGAGGCAGACGGAGCCAUCCUGCAACGAACCACAAGACAUACCGCAGACACCAGAACUUCUACAUCCUCAGGACCUACCACAGAUUGAGGACGAGGUGCAGUUACAAGGCGGACCGCAGCUAACAAAUGAGGAGCAACCUGCCGAAGACCUGACGACACAGGGCGAACAACAACCUCAAGACAAACAGCAGCCCACCCAAUCCACAGCAUACACUUUAGACUGGCCCUCAGCAUAUGCUAAGUGCCAGACCUUCAGCGGUCCCUACCAGCCGGCAGCUCAACAGGCAGGACGCAUUGUACAACAGGAUAUCCAACAUCGUCGGUAUAGUUUCCGCUAUAGAUUCCCCUACCUGCAAAUCAACAUCAGCGGGAUCGGGUUGAUCUGCGUUCCGCAGCUUCCGGAAUUUUUGACAUACAUUCUGUACAAGCACUAUGAUCAUAUGACAGCAGGCCAUCGAUGUCAAAAGAAGACGUACCAGGCCAUCAGCAGGCAUUAUUAUUGGCCGGCUUGUGGAAACGACGCUAUCCUCGUCCUGGUCGACACCCUCAGUAAAAUAACUCAUUUUAUUCCCACAAGGAAGGCAUCGUCAGUAGCGGACAGUGUCACCCUUCUAGCGGAUCGUCUGAUUCGCUACCAUGGCUUCCUAGACAUCUUGAUCUGGGACCGGGACCCAAGAUUCCAAUCGGAGAUAUGGACUCACCUUUGCGCGCGUUUCAACAUCAAACGAGCGAAAUCCUCCCCCUAUCACCCGCAAACGGAUGGGCAGACGGAGAGGGUGAAUAGGACUCUGGAACAGAUGAUAAGAACAUACAUAAAAUCCAAUGAGAAGGAAUGGGAAGGAUUGCUACCAGCAUUGGAAUUAGCCUACAAUACUACUCAUCACUCCUCGACGGAGCUGUCUCCGUUCGAGGUUAUGAUAGGGGAGAACCGAAUAACCGUGGCAGACCUGGACAUCCUCGGUUCCCUUCCUCCCACAUUGUCACCACCGAUGACUAGAACCUUCCGGCAGCUCUGUGACCGCGCACAAGGACACAUCCUGAGAGCAAAAUGGAGGCAGAAGUACUACGCGGACACUGAACGGAGGGAAGUAGAAUACCAAGUUGGAGACAAGGUGUGGUUUAGUGCCAAACACCUACCGGCCCUGAACGAUUGUUCUAAAUUCGAGCCCCGAUAUAGGGGGCCAUACUCGGUGACGGAGCUCAUCGGAAAGGUUGCUUACCGUCUUGCCUUGCCCGCCUCGUAUGCGGGGCAUAACGUCUUUCAUGUAUCUCAGCUGAUACCACAUCGGCAGCGAGAGAAGAUUCAAGUACCUCGAGAAGCUCCGGUGGGUUGGCCACCAGUUCCUGAUGCGGCCGGUAAUCCAACUGAUCAAUUUCUGGUGGAUUAUAUCAUGGACCAGAGGGGUAGGGGGGCCUCCGCCAGCUAUCUUGUGAAGUGGAGAGGCGCACCUGAGGAAAACGCAACAUGGGAGCCAGCGCACCACCUUGAAGGUUGUCCGGAACUGGUCUGA